AUGAAGCUCUCCACAUACCUCCCCAUUCUAGCAGGAACAUUUGUCAUCGCCCUCCCAACAGAAGCUCUCCCAAAACGCGACAACAAAUUGUGCGUCACUCAAGGCCCUGGUACAUGUACCUUCGGAUGGCAAGAAUACACAAAUUUCAACGGAGGAUUUACUUCCGAGGCGCGAAUCUACGAUCACAAAUGCAUUCAAAAGGGAGGCCUGAUAAGCGACAAUAUUGAUCAAUUUGUGACAGUUACAUCUGCCCAUCCUCCCAUGAGCGUUUCGAUUAAUGGAUGGGCUCAGCCUCCCCAAUUAGUUACUGAGGCAAUUCCAAAGUUUGAGUUUGAAGGGAAGACUUGGGGUGGAAAAAAUGGAUGUGCUUGCGGGAUAGGAGAAGGAACGAAUUUCUGGGGGUGUAGAUGUGCGUUUGAUUGCCCUUAG